CAGUGUGAUCACAGACACCAACGAGGGUAGACGUAUUAACAUCCUUCUGUUAAUUUCCCUCGUGUAGACCUCUACACUCGAGGUCAUCAUGGUGAAAGUAGUCGUAGAGUAUUGCGGUGGAUGAGGGUACGCCCCCCGCUAUGAGGAACUAGCCAGGAUGAUAAAGGCAAAAGUUCCUCAAGCAGAGGUGACUGGCUUUGUUGGCCGCCGAAGUUCUUUUGAAGUCAACGUCGAUGGUAAGAUGGUCUUCUCAAAGUUGGAACGCAGGGGCUUUCCCAAUUUUGAUGAGGUCGUUGAAAUUGCGGCGGCUGCAGAACGUGGUGACACUAUUGGCACUGUGAAGAAAACAUCAGCAGCUUGCGCACUCUUGUAACUUAAUUUCAUUAAGGCUCUUGGAGCCUGCACAUGCAUAACUGAUACAGUACAGCAUUUAAAGUUUCAUC